GAUUUCCUUUGGUUAUUUUUUUACCGAAGCGUUGAAGUGACGCGCGCCCAGCGACCAGCGUUAACACAACGCUCGCGUCAAAGUGAAGCUGCUUUCGAUUCUAACUGAUACAUCAACCAACGUGAAACAAUAUGUCUACUGAGUUGUGUCCGGAGAGGCCUUUGUUUGGGGGCGCAAUCUCUAGCUCCUUCCCUCAGAGAUUCCAGGAUGCGAGUAAUAUCCGUCAAGUUCCAGAUCAUCAGGAAGUGUUUGUUGAUCCUUCAAGGGAUGAGAGUUUGAUUUUUGAGCUUUUGGAUUUCAAGUCUGACGUUGGGGACAUGGGCAGUGCUUCUUGGUUCCUUCAUGAUCUUGCCCGUGAGCAAGAUGCCGAAGGUUUCAAGUUGAUUGAGCAAUCAAAUGUCAUUGAUGUCCCUGGAUUGUCUUAUAGAAAUAUUCCUUCGGUUGCCACAACUGCUAUUGGAGAGAUGGCUAUAUCCAAAGGAAGACAGGGAAGAGAAGCACAAAACCUAUUGAGGGUUUAUGUGGCGAAUAUUCGUCUUAAGGGAGUUGAAACAGAUGUCUUAGUGACUGCAUAUGAACCUAUCCUCAUCAACCCUCUGAGUGAAAGUGCUAAUGCAGUAGGAUCUGGUUUAGCUGUACCAGCUUCACAAUCUGGAAUAAUGCCAAUGUGUGAUGUCAUUAAACAAUCACUCUCUGCCUUCAAAGUCAAUGACUGGAGUCUUUUUGGUUCCUCUGCUUGAGUCUAGGAAUCAUCAGCACAAUGAAACACAUCCAAGCUGUGAAUUGGUGUUAUGUCGGUUCCGAUUAAAUUUUUAAUUUCAAGUGGUUUGAGUCUAUCCAAGCUUGUGUUAGUGGAUUGAGAGAGUGUUCUUAUGUUUAAGCAAUGUUUUUGUUCUUUGACGUCUUGAAUUCAAUAUAAUAUGGAUAAUCCAUCAUCUA